GAUAACUCCACAUUGGGUGACUGAGAUGCGCCUUUACGCUAUCCGCUCUUCCUUUUUCAUAUAUUUAGUUUAAUUGGUUUAUUUAGGAGGCGGAGAGCGCGUCCAGGAGCGCGCAGUGUGGCACCCGCUAGAAACAAAAACAGCUCAGUGCAGCGCAGGCAGGUCUCCCUUUUAAAAGCAGCAGGAGUGGCAGGAUAGUUACUGAGUCCUCUCCGAGAAGCGGAGCCGGCGCAAGAGAAAGACGGGAGUAUGAAACACACUGGGAUACUGAGGAGAAAUCGGCAAAACUUGGAUAUGGCGGCUGUGAAGACGUUCAAUCUUCUCGCUGGAGUUGUUUUAGUUUUACAGAGUGUGGGGAGCGUGCAAGCGGAGAUCACAGCCGGUGACGGGGUCUCCUACUCAUACAUUCAGGAGCAGACCGGAGAAGAGCACUCAACAGUGGACGUGAAGCUGUACAGCCACAGGUGGAGGAGAUGGCUUCCCCCAAGACCUCGUAACAUGGACAGUAACAGGGCCAGUCAGGAACAAGACCAGGAGCCAGAACCAGAGGAGCCUGAAGGUUUUCCAGGCUUGCUGUCUGCAGAGGAAACAGACAACAGCUCCCAGAUAGAGGAGGACAUGGAUCACAACUACUACACAUCAAAAACAUACGGUCCAUCAGAUCCCAUGAGCAGAGACUUGUGGGUAAAUUUUGAACAGAUGGAGAAGGACAAAGUGAAGAUCCACGGGAUUUUGUCCAACACACACAGACAAGCAGCGAGAGUAAAUUUGUCCUUCGAUUUCCCUUUUUAUGGACAUCUCCUGCGUGAAAUCACCGUAGCGACUGGUGGGUUCAUCUAUACUGGUGAUGUUGUCCACAGAAUGCUUACAGCCACACAGUAUAUCGCUCCUCUGAUGGCCAACUUUGACCCAAGUGUCUCCAGAAACUCCACUGUCAUCUACUUUGACAACGGCACAGCUCUGGUGGUGCAGUGGGACCACGUCCACUUACAGGACAACUACAACCUUGGAAGCUUCACCUUCCAGGCUACGCUGCACAACACAGGCAGGAUUGUCUUUGCAUACAAAGAGAUCCCUAUUGAGGUGUCACAGAUCAGCUCUGUCAAUCAUCCAGUAAAGGUGGGCCUGUCUGAUGCCUUCGUGGUUGUCCAUAAGAUCCAACAAAUACCGAAUGUGAGGCGAAGGACAAUCUAUGAGUACCACCGCGUGGAGCUGACAAAGACGAGGAUCACCAAUUCUACAGCAGUGGAAAUUAUCCCUUUGCCCACCUGUCUCCAGUUCACCAGCUGUAGUGACUGCAUCUCCUCACAGAUCAACUUCAACUGCAGUUGGUGCCAUCGACUCAACAGAUGUUCUAGCGGCUUCGACCGCCAUCGGCAGGACUGGGUGGAUAACAGCUGCCCAGAUGAAACCAAGGACAAGAUGUGUGACAUAUUGGACACUACACACCCAUACCACUUCACCACCACUGUCAUUCCCAAAACAACAUCAAGGAAUAAAGAGGCCACUUCAGGACAGGACAUGCCCUCCACCUCACACCCUCCCACCAGUGUCCCCACCGAAGAUGAUACCAAGAUUGCACUUCAUCUCAGAGACAACCAGGUGAUGCCAGCAGACAGUGCUGUCGACAGGAUGCCAGGCACACACCCUCUGCACACUGGUCUGAUCCUGGGGAUCCUGCUGGUGAUGCUCAUCAUGAUUGCCAGCGUGCUGAUCACCGUCUACAUGUACCAUCACCCAACCUCUGCAGCAAGCCUCUUCCUCAUCGAGAGACGCCCAAGCAGGUGGCCAGCCAUGAAGUUUCACCGGGGGUCAGGUCACCCAGCUUACACAGAGGUGGAGCCAGUGGGCCAGGAGAAGGAGGGCUUUAUCGAAUCUGAGCAGUGCUGAGGGAGGAGGGGGCGUCCACGUCCCCACCAGACCCCUCCUGCACCUGCCUUCCUGCUCUACAGGGAUUUCUCAUCUAGAUGGUCUCAUCGGUGGAGGAGCUCAGCAAACACAAUGACUUGGGUCCAUUUAAUGCUAGAUGAGACUGGAUACAGCAACCAGUGACACUGAAGGUUGAGGAAGAGGGGUCAGGGGGAGGGAGCGGGGGGACUUUGAAAACUGAUCCCAGACAAACCCAGAGAUCGGUUCCUGAGGGUGAGGAUCUGACCUGCUGGGGACAGAGGGAGGGAACAGUGCUGACAUUAUUGAUCCAGCCUGCAUUUAUUAAGAGUUUGUACGGCUGCCAUCAUGUUGCCGUAAAGGGGUGACUUAUACAAUAUAUAUUUUCAGAACCAAUAACAGAGUAUCUGAGAGAGAUUUUGCUUUAUUGUUGGUGGGGUUAUACAGAAUAGGCCUUUGUAUAGCCAUCAGAUUUUUACUUGUUUUCCUCUUUCCUUCAGUAUGUUGGUUCACAGGGGUUGGCACAUUUAUCUGUACAGACCGUCGGUAUUGCUUUUCAAUACCAUCACAGGCGCAAUUGACUUUUCCACAGCCUGCUCUGUACAAAGAGGCUGCAGCUGUUUCCAUAUGACGUGAGCUGAACUUCUGUCACCGCGAUCAAUCGCAGCUCGGAGAAAAGCUCUGAACACUCGGCAUCGGUCUUAAAUUACUUUGUGAUAUUUGGAUGAUUUCCUUUUCUGAAAAUGAAGUGUUAUACUUUUUUGUCUUCUUUUCUAAAGGGGGACGGGAACACUCUAUCCUUUUCUUUAUGUCUUUAUUUCUUUGGUUUCAUUUCUGCUGUGCCAUUUUGUCCCUGACUAGAGUUUGCACAGACUUUUCCACGCACAUUUUUUUUUUUUUUUUUGGACAUGUGGUACUAAUGCAAAAAUACAAGACAGGCGCUUGUGAGUGUGAAUAUAUUUUCUGAUGUGUAAGUGACUCCUGUGUGAAUACAGAAGACCAGUUUACAGGAGUGAUGGUUUAUCCACUUGCUUUCUGGGUGCAUAAUGUUUGAGCUGGCUCUGCACAGUUGACUAUUAUUAAAUAUUUUCAAAGGUAUCUGGAUACAGUUGUGAGCCUGAAAAUGCACUUGUCUGAUUGGAUCUUUUAUCAAUUUUACAGUGUGGUAUACUUUUUCUGUCAUGUAGCCAAGCAUAACCAGAUCCGUGUCCACAUUUAACAGGUGGUUCAUCCAUGUCAACAUGUAUAUACCAGUUCAUGCCAAAACAUUUGCAGAUUCAGGUAACUCAUGGCAAAUAUUUCUAGUACAGCAGUGAUAGUACUGAGAAACUUUUAAUUUUUUAUGAGUGGCCUUUUUCUCUACUUUUUUACUUAAAUGUGAAUAUUGUUCUAUUUGGUUGCUGUCAUAGAUGAAUACACAACCCAAACACUCAUUUCUACUGUUGACAAGAUCUUGUUUUACACCAAUGAUUGUAGACUUAUGGUAGACAAGCUAAAUUGAUAUCCUGGUAUUAUACUAAAGCAUAAACGUGCAAUAUUACAUCUGUUCCAUACAUUGAAAAGGGAUAAAAGCAAUCAUUUGAAAUGUAUUUUUAUUCACACCUUGUUACCAUCACAGUGAGACCAAAGACGAAUCAGGAUGUAAGUUAGAUUUAUUUUCAAAUAUGCACCUCAGUUUCCCCCACAGCCUCCACACCUCAGUUCUCAGAAGCCAUUAGAGGUAGCUAUACUGAUUCAUUGUUAUAAUAAUGUCUGUAACCUAUAGUUUUAGUGUCCUAUGAAACUGUUUAUCAAUCGCAGAUGUAGUGACACAGUCAUCUUACAGUUCAUCAGUGAUAACAGCUGGGUAUUUGCUAAACCCCUACCCUAAAAAUUGACUUUAACCACUAAUUAAGUUACCAAAAAGAAAAUUAUAGUUAAGGGGGCAUGCUCUUUUUGUUGCUUUCAAUUCAGUAACCAUAAUUAAUAUAUGUGGUAACUGUAUAUUAAGCAGAGUACUUGCUGUGAUGUUAGCUGCCACCAUUAGCACGCCUAGCUAAAAUUUUCAAACUAAUAUUAAGCAAGCUAACAUGGCAUUAGCUUAUUUGACAGGCUGCUUUAAAAAAUUUCAGUUUAAAUAUUAGUAUUGUGUAGAAGCAAUCCCAUGUAGCUUUUAGUUUAAGCUAACGUUAGCCUUUUUUUGUGUGUUUAUGGGUGUUUAAACACCCUAAUUUUAAUGCUGGGUGCUGAUCCUGGGCAGAUUUUAAAAAGUUGGUUAAUCAGGAAAAAAUUUCACAUAUUAGGAGAGAAGCCUGGAAGAUACACGAGGUCUAUGUUUUUUAUUUUAGUAGGAUUCAGUUUUUACUUCUGUGAUCAGAAAUCCAUGAAGGAAAAUCGAUAACUAUUUAAUUCUUAUACUAAACGCCUUUAUUAUGCCAGAAGGUUGAAAAUAGCCCUGGACCCCUUCGACAAGACUUUUGUUCUGAAACAAGUCAACUAGAAACAAUACAAAGUGACCUAUUUAGCAAGCUAAUAGCUUACUUAGUAAACUAAAUAUAAAAAAUAUAAGUUCUACUAAGGGUAACUAAAGGGUGGAGUUUAGCAAAUGGCUGAGAAGUUGUUGUUUUUUUUGUUGUUGUUGUUGUAUCUUCUCAUCUUUUAAAUAAUACCACAAACUCCCAAAGGUACACAUCGUGUAUUACACUAAAAUUAAGACACAAUGGCUGUUUAAAUCCUUAACACAUACACACCCUAAUUCAUAAAUACACUGGUCUCAUUUGGUGUCAGCCACUGAGUGUGAAUCCCUGCUCUGAGUGAGUCAUUUGCACCACAGUGUUUAAGCUGUGUACAGAAAGUUUAGCUUAAACUUUCCAUGCCCACAAAUAUAAUUUAACGCUGUCACAGGCAUCUCUCUGGACAUUCGUUCUUUGCAGCCGUUUGGAAAUUCUGCUUGUUAUACACUGCCUCCUGAAACUGCAAGUGUUUUUAUUGCCACUGUCUUAGAAGAGCAGUUUGAAAGCGUGGCCGAAAUACUUUAUGUUAACGUGCUUUUUCAAAAGCUGAAACACUUUGAUCAGUGACAAUAGGUUGUCUAGCAGUAAAGUCUUCUUCACUCUUCUCCCUUGGCUCAACUAAUAAUUUUCACUGUUAUUUUAGAAAGCAUCAGAGUGCUGUGGUGAGGAUCGGUUACUGAUGCUGUGCGCUGUUAUUUACUCUUGAAUUAUUUGAAUAAAAUGAUGUUAAAUCACAGAUUCAGCAAUGAUUGCAGAAGCAAAAUAAAGAAUUAGAGGGGAUUUUGCCAAGUGAAAUCUUGUCUUAUCCUCCACAACAUUUCAUACCUACAAUACAAUGACUCAAGAUCACUCAGUAUCAUAGCUGUCUGUAAUUUCUGUAACUACUGUUGUUUUGAUUAUAUUUGAAAUAAACAAUGUUGUUUAAAACA